CUACAGGCGUGAGAUGCGGUAGCGGUGACCACGGCGGUGGCAUCAGCGGGCGUAUUUCUCAUCACAUCGGCACCACACAGGCGGGGAGGCGAAACCUAGCUGCACCAUGACGCGGGACAGCAGACGCAGGCGGUCCCGGUCCCGCUCCAGGAGCCCCGACCGGCGACGCUCCAGAGACAGAGAUCGUGAUCGAGGCAGGUCACGACGGUCCCGAUCGAGAGACCGUGACCGUGACCGUGACCGCCACAGAUCACGCAGUAGAGACCGAAGGAGAUCAAGGUCUCGGGACAGGCGGUCUAGGUCAAGGUCCCGGGACAGAGAUCGGGACAGGGACAGAAAGAGGAGUAGGAGCAGGUCCAGGGACAGGGACAGGGACAGGGACAGGGACAGGAAGAGGAGCAGAAGCAGAUCCAGGGAAAGGGAUAGGAAGAGGAAUAAGAGGAGCCGCACUCAUUCACCUCCCAAGAUCAAGCUCCUUGUUGACCCUCCAAAGCCCCAAGAACCAGUGCCUGUAGAGCCCAAGGAAGAAGAGGAAGUGCCUCUGGAUUUUGAUCCAUCAAAAGUAGAUAAGGAGGAGACAGAGAAACGUCUUGAAGCUGAAAUGCAGAAGAGACGGGAGCGAAUUGAAAAGUGGAGAGCAGAAAAGAAGAAAAGGGAGCUAGAGGCGGCAAAAAAGGAGGCUGAGAAGGGUACUUUGGGUGCUACUGUUCCAAAAGUAUCUCUGAAAGCAUGGAGCCUUGAGGAUGAUGAAGAGGAAGAGGAGGGUGAAAAUAAAGAAGGAAAUGGAAAUGUAGAAGAGGAAGAUGAAGUUGAUCCACUGGAUGCAUUCAUGUCGGGUAUUCAAGAAGAGGUUCGCAAGAUCAAUCGUGUCGACAUCCGGGGAGGAAUGAAGAAGGGCACAAAAAUCACUGUUUCAUCAGGAACUAAUGUUGCAGCAGCAGACCCUGGGACUGUGAAGAAACCUGUCAUCAUCAUGGGUGUGGCAAAGAAGGCAAAUGCCAAGAAGAAAGGAGAAUUGAUGGAACAGAACCAGGAUGCUCUUGAAUAUUCCUCUGAGGAGGAGGGAGAGGACCUGAAGGAUACCAUGGCUAGCAUAAAUUCAAAGGGCAAGAAGGAGCUUGGUAAAGUGGAUCACACAGUCAUUGAGUAUGUACCAUUCAGGAAGGAUUUCUAUGUGGAGGUGCCUGAGAUUGCCAAUAUGACUAAGGAGGAAGUGGAUAACUAUAGAGCUGAGCUGGAGGGAAUUAGGAUUAAAGGUCAAGGAUGCCCUAAACCUAUCAAGACUUGGGCUCAGUGUGGAGUCAGCAAAAGAAUAUUAGAUGUUCUCAAAAAGAACAAUUAUGAGAAGCCAACACCCAUCCAAGUGCAGGCAGUCCCUGCCAUCAUGAAGGGUAGAGAUGUAAUAGGCAUUGCUAAGACUGGUUCUGGGAAGACUUUAGCUUUCCUGCUGCCAAUGUUCCGGCAUGUUGUGGACCAGCCACCCCUGGAAGACACAGAUGGACCUAUUGCUGUUAUCAUGACUCCUACAAGGGAACUGUGCAUGCAGAUUGGUAAAGAAUGCAAGAAGUUUGCUAAGAACAACUUGAGGGUGUGCUGUGUGUAUGGCGGUACAGGGAUAUCUGAACAAAUAGCUGAGCUGAAGCGAGGUGCAGAGAUCAUUGUGUGUACUCCGGGACGGAUGAUAGACAUGCUGGCAGCCAAUGGAGGAAGAGUGACUAACCUACGGAGAGUUACCUACGUGGUGCUGGAUGAGGCCGACCGCAUGUUUGACUUGGGGUUUGAGCCUCAGGUUAUGAGGAUAAUUGACAACAUCCAGCCGUCUCGCCAAACUGUGAUGUUCUCAGCAACAUUUCCAAGACAGGUAGAAGCUCUGGCAAAGAAAAUUUUGACGAAGCCUAUCGAGAUAACGGUUGGUGGGCGGUCAGUGGUGUGCAAGGAUGUGACACAGGAGGUGGUGAUUCUUGAUGAAGACCAAAAGUUCCUGAAGCUGUUGGAAGUACUUGGCCAGUUUUAUGAACGAGGACAAACUCUUGUAUUUGUUGACAAGCAAGAGAAUGCAGAUUCUCUAUUUAGGGACCUGUUGAGCCAUUCUUACCGGGCAUUGGUCCUUCAUGGAGGUGUGGACCAGAUAGACCGUGACAGUACCAUCCUGGACUUUAAGGCUGGUCGAGUACCCAUACUGGUAGCCACAUCAGUAGCGGCUCGAGGUCUUGAUGUGAAGCAGCUGAUUUUAGUAGUUAACUUUGAUGCUCCUAAUCACUAUGAGGACUAUGUGCAUCGAUGUGGCCGUACAGGUCGUGCAGGCAACAAAGGCUGGGCUUACACCUUCCUAACACAAGACCAACCUCGCUAUGCUGCUGAAAUUGUCCGAGCUUUGGAGAUUUCUGAUAAUCCCAUUCCACCAGACUUGCAGAAACUUUAUGAUGAAUAUAAACAAAAGUUGGAAGGAGAAGGCAAGAAGGUUAAAACUGGUGGUGGUUUCCAUGGUAAAGGUUUUAAAUUUGAUGAAUCUGAAGCUAAUUUUGCAUCAGAAAAGAAGAAAUUUGAGAAGGCUGCUCUUGGUUUGGCUGACUCUGAUGAUGAAGACAUUGAACAUGACAUUGAUCAACAGAUUGAGAGCAUGUUGAACACAAAGAGGACAGUCAAAGAAAUCAAGGGAAUGGCUAACUCCUCUAGAAGGGAAAACAAUGAAGGAGGGCUCCUGCUUCAGCAACAAGUUCUUUCAGCCUUACACCCACUAAUAUGGCCACUUCAGAUCAACCCCAUGUUGCUGUUCCCCACACCAGCAUGUGCCUACCCCGCACCAGAGGUGUCUUCAUCCUCUGAUGGUUUAGUUGGCAUGCCAUUUGGUGGCCCCUCUGCUUCUGAUAAGUUGGAAUUAGCACGCAAACUGGCACAACGCAUCAACCUUCAACACAACAUUGGCAAGGAGGCUAAGGGUGCCAGUCAGCAGGCAGCAGAGUUCAUCCUUAAAGGUGGAGCUGCCAUGCAACCCACCAUAUCUGCCAAGACAGUAGCAGAGCAGAUGGCUCAGAAAUUAAACAACAAGCUGAAUUAUCAGCCACGUGAUGACCAGGAGGAGGAGGAAGAAACCACAGAGGAAACUCACCAUAAGUAUGAAGAAGAACUUGAAAUUAAUGACUUCCCACAGCAGGCCAGGUGGCGAGUUACCAGCAAAGAAGCACUGGCACAGAUUUCUGAAUAUUCAGAAGCUGGAAUUACUGUCAGAGGAACAUUUUGCCCAGCAGGCAAGAAUCCACCAGAAGGUGAACGCAAGCUGUUCUUGGCUAUUGAAUCUACAUCUGAAUUAGCUGUGUCCAAAGCCAAAGCUGAGAUCAUCCGGUUGAUACGGGAAGAACUUGUUAAGCUACGGACCAGUGCUGGACCUGCCAAGGCACAGGGCCGGUAUAAGGUUCUCUAAAGCCAAAGGCUACAGUAUUGAAGGCACCCAACCUUUUUGUUAUCACUGAUGGAAUGUGUAAGGCAUUUUAUAAGUUAGGCAUUUUGAUGGCUGCACCUGUGGAAGGUCUUUUGAUGUUGGGCAUCCUGUUGUACCAUGCUACUCUGCAUACGCUGGGUUGGCAACUACUAGGAGUUUCAAAAUGAGACUUUUCCUUCAAAAUUAUGUUAUUGUAUUGGUGACUAUAAUCUUAAAACUUGGUUUGUACUUUAAAAAAGGGGCCUCUUAUUUGUCAUUUCUAUAAAAACUGAAUAAAAAAGGUUAUAUUUAGGUUGGCCGAAUUAAGUUUGGAGGUGUCCUGUUACUCUUCCUUGGAUAACUCUAAAACUUAAUAAGACAGAGAGUUCCAGAAUUUUAAAUGAAAGGGAUACAAAUUGAGAUGGUGAAGUGAAAUAUUUUUUUCAGUGAUGGACAGCCUGAGCAUUUUAGAUUUAGAAGAUAAUUGAUUAUUGCUGACAAGAGGGUCAUUGUCAUGAAAAUGAUGUGAAUUGGAUAGGUUAAAGAAGUUUUUAAAUAUUAAACAUGCAUUUUUACAGCCAAUGAAAAAUUAUAGAGAGAUUAAACAUCAGGCACUGAAUUUUUCUUAGAAUUUUUUACUUUUCAGGAUUUUUUUUAGUUUGAUAUUUGUUUUAUUGAUAUGAACAAUAUGCUUCUCAUUAUAUACACAUUAACAGUCAAUUUUGAUAUGUAUGAAAUCCAUGGUGAAUUCCACAAUAAAGAGUUAAGGUAGUAAUAAAUGAAAUAGGUAAUUUACAUUGAUAAACAACUACCACUACUGUGGCUGUUAAAAAAAAAGUUAAUUUUUCUCUACUUGCUUGAUAAAUUUUCAUACUAGGUACUGGAACUUUAAUUUAGUUAUAUGGAUGCCAUUCAAGCCCAGCAUGUUUACAUCCAUGAUGGAAUGAAGAAAGCAAAAUGUAUUUCAGUCUUAGAAAAAUGCUGGUUAUUUGUCACCAAAGACAAUGAAUAUUGACUCUGGAAAUUGAUACAGGUCAUUGUUGCUGUGGUUGUGGAUGAAAAAGAUUCACUUGAGAUACCAAUAAAUUUAUUUGUCCCUGCCUAUUUUUCAUGGGUGCUGGGAGGUUUUAAAUAAAAUGUGCUUCCCAAGCAGUGUGUGCCACCAUGACACAAAAUCAGUGUUUGCUGACUGUAUGUUACUAUUGAUUAUAAAAGACAUCCAUUCAAACACGACAUUAAAAAACCUUACGUUUCAAUGGGAUGAACCCAUUAACAUUACAACAAUUUGCCUAUUCGAAAACGUCUUAUUAUAAAGUCAACACAAAAUAGAGUUGUUUUAAGCCCAGACCACAUGUAUUAAAGUGAGGUACAUCAGGAUGUCUGCACAUGGUGGUACCAUAAUGUAGAGACUCAUUCCACAGAUGUGGGAACAACAGACUACUGAGUCUUGACUCACAUGUACAGCCAAUGCUGUCACCAGAUAAACUUUACAACACAUGGAAAUAUGUGAGUGGUGUGUGGAAGCUUAUUGUUAAAUUUCGGUAAAAUCCCAGCAUUUAGUGACUCAAACAGACAAACACUUGUUUGAGGUAUUAAAGCUCUGUGAGUCAUCAGUUACUCUGUUAUUAAAAGAAAAUUACCUGG